CCCACCUGUUGAUCGUAUCUAAUAACUUCUCACGCGCUCGGAGCCUCGAAUGACGCAGUCAAGUGUCAGCGCGCGUUUGUGGCACGAGCCUUCAUAUUUCUCUGACGUGAGUCAGAAACUCUCAGAAGAGCAAGAGGUCCAGCGGGCACAACCAAUAAAGGGAAAAAAAGGGAAGAGGAAGGACGAGGGAAAAAAGAGAGAGAGAGAGAGAGAGAGAGAAGACAGGCCAACCAGAGAAGGAGAUGAGGACCUUCCCGAGCCAAAGUCAGCCUGCGCAGCGCGGAGCCUCCAGCAGCCUGCACAGCCUCAGCAGCAGCGCCAUGAGUCCACUCAGCACGGCCAACAUCACCCUGGCAGCCCUACUCAUUCUCACCAUACCAGUCUGCAAAAGCGCUCCAGCAGAACUUCAGCAAGCCACAACAGACCAGAGGCAGCUACUCGGCCAGAUGCUGUGUGCUCAUCCUACCUCUCUGCAGACCUGCAGUUUUGGGCAUCUGAUGUCUUAGGGGAACUCUGUGUCUUGAUGCUGGUUCAGAAGUCAAAGGAGCUGAAAGUGCGAGAAAAUAGUAAAAGGACCCCUAUGUUGCACCCUCUCCUGCAUCUAGUUUCUCAGCUCCAUACCAGAAGAGAGAGAGGACUCUCACUGCCCGCUGAACUCCAGGGACCUGGUGGAAUCCAGAGCAGAGGUUACUUCCUCUAUCGGCCACGAAAUGGAAGACGAUCCUUAGAAUAUGAGUAAAUCAAAGAGUCUCCACCUCAGAAGCUUAGUGUACAGAGAUGACACAGACCCCGAGACCCGAGCCGCUGCACCAUGACUGAGUGACCCAGACUUUAACCACAGCCCUCUGCCACUGCUGUAUAGUGAUGUCUGAAUGUACACAAAGAAUAUAAUUAAAAUAAUAGUUAUUUGUCCAGAUUUUAUUUUGUGUUAUAUGUUUGUCAUUUGCAUUAAAA